AUGUCGGAACCAGACGUAGAGUUCAUGGGCGCGGAGAUGAAUGAUAGCAAGCCAUCCAGCGAGCCCUUCUCCGCGGGAAACCUCAUCGCGCUCGGCGGGAUCACCACCUUCCCGUUCCUACUGGCGAACCUGUUCGUCGCGCGACGCGUGCAGGACCGGCAUACGCUCGCGGUGGGCUCCGCCAUCGGCCUAGCUGGUUUGCUGCUCAUGAUCGCCCUCCUGAAGAGGAAUAACGUGCAGAUCGGGACCCUUCCCGGGGAGUGGAAUAGUCGUAUCAGUCUCGCGAUCCAGUACAGUAAUUACACUGGGCGGGUUACGGAGGCUGUGUGGGGAGGCGCUGGCGUGAAGAUUGCUGUGGUCGGGAUUGGCGGCGUCAUGUUCAGGACCCUGUGGAGGGAUCUGAAGGCGAAGAUGGGAUAA